AUGUCUCAAUUACCGGUCAAGAAAUGCGGCGUCCUGGGCUGCACUGGCUCGGUGGGCCAGCGCUUCAUUCUACUGCUUCAGGAGCACCCGUCGUUUAAGCUCGUUGCUGUCGGCGCGUCCUCGCGGUCGGCUGGCAAGAAGUAUCGCGAUGCCGUGAGGUGGAAGCAGGCGAAGCCCAUGCUUCCUGAGGUCGGAGAGCUCGUUGUGCGUGAGUGCAAGGCCAGCGAGUUCGCCGACUGCGAUAUUGUCUUCAGUGGCCUCGACAGCGAUGUCGCUGGCGAGAUCGAGAAGGAGUUCCAGAAUGCCAACCUGGCCGUCUUCUCCAACGCGAAGAACUACCGCCGCGAUCCCCUCGUGCCCCUCGUCGUGCCCACUGUUAAUCUCGACCAUCUUGAGAUGAUCCACCACCAGCGCCGUACCCUCGGCCUCCAGAAGGGCUUCCUCGUCUGCAACAGCAACUGCGCCGUCAUCGGUCUUGUCAUCCCGUUCGCUGCCUUGCAGGCCCGCUUCGGAAAGAUUGACACCGUCUCUGUCGUCACCAUGCAGGCCGUCUCGGGUGCUGGCUACCCAGGUGUGAGCAGCAUGGAUAUUAUUGAUAACGUUGUGCCCUACAUCGCUGGCGAGGAGGAUAAGCUGGAAACUGAGGCGCAGAAGAUCCUGGGCAACCUUAAUGCUGAUGCAACUGCCUUUGAGGAGCAAAAGACCCUGCGUGUCUCGGCCGCCUGCAACCGCGUCCCCGUCAUGGAUGGUCACACAGCAUGCGUGUCUCUGCGGUUUGUUCAGCGUCCCCCGCCGACGGCGGAUCAGGUUAAAGAGGCUCUGCGCGAGUAUGUCUCCGAGGCCCAACGCCUUGGCUGCCCUUCUGCCCCUAACCCGCCCAUCCGGGUCUUCGACGAGCCCGAUCGCCCCCAGCCUCGUCUGGACCGUGACUUGUCCAAUGGCUACACAGUGAGUGUGGGUCGUGUCCGGGAGGAUGAGAGCGGCAUCUUUGAUAUCAAGUUCGUUGCCUUGAGCCACAACACCGUCAUCGGUGCUGCUGGUUCGUCUAUCCUUAAUGCUGAAGCUGCUGUGCUCAAAGGUUAUAUCUAA